AGCAGAAGCGGAAAAGAAAGUCGCCUUUUAUGCCUUCAUUAGCGCUAAAACAUACUUUCUAUGAAGCCGAACGUCACUAUGCUGACUUUGAAGGACUUCGGACGCCGCCCGGUGAGGAUCCUCCAAGGCUAAGCCGCAAGGCAAGGGAAUCCGGGUACCUGCCCCGAUGGCCUGCACAGUGUCCCUGCCCGAGGCGGACCUCACCUGCACCAUCUGCUUGCAGAUCUACAAGCACCCGGUGGUCCUCAAGUGCAGCCACAGCUUCUGCAGCCUCUGCCUCAAGCAGCACUGGGCCCACCAGAGGCCCCCCAGGUCGUGCCCCCUGUGCCGGAGUCUGUCCGUGGACGAGCCGGUGCCUUCACUGACCAUCAGGAACCUGUGCGAGUUCCUAGUCCAGGACGACGGCGGCGACGACGGAGGCGGAGACGGUGAGCCGUUCUGCGGGCAGAAGGACAUGUGUGCUCUUCACAGGGAGGAGCUCAAGCUCUUCUGCCUGGUCGACAAGGAACCCAUUUGUUUGGUUUGCAGCAAGUCCAAAAGACACAGGCGGCACGACUGGUGUCCUAUCAGCGAAGCCAUCGAUGAUGCCAAGGCCAAGCUAAAGUCAGAACUUUGCUCUCUGCUGAAAACGAGGGACGUUCUGGACAAAGUGAAGAAGAGCUUGGAGGACGCCGAGGAACACAUGCAGUUGGAGGCCCAGCACGUGCAGAAAUGCUCCGGCGAGGAGUUCGCACGCUUGCACAGGUUCCUGCAGGCCGAGGAGGACGCCCGCAUGGUGAUGCUGCAGGAGGAGGUGGAGGAGAAGGGUCGAGCCAUGAGGCAGAAGAUCGGCAAGGCCAACGCCAGCCUGCAGUCCGUGUGUGUGUCCAUACGGGGUCUGGAGGACAGGCUGGCUACGUUGGGGGUCUCCGUCUUGCGGGAGAACGAGGACGCCACGGCAACAGCAGCUGGGGAUGUGAGCCUGGUGGACAUGCAGCUGUCGGUGUCGGGGAGGCGCCUCGACGAGGCCAAGUACUUGGGCUCGCUGAGCUUCCACGUGUGGGAGAAGAUGCGACACAUCAUUAAAUGACCCUGCACGAGAUCUGCAUGGUCCAGGAUCAGCGUCCUACUAGGUCGCACCUGCACGUCCCCGUGUCUCCAUGGAGAGGCCGCGCCCAUCACGCCGGCCACGGAUCCUUCACGUCUUCCUCAUGCCGUCGCCGCCACUUUCCGCUUGGCGACAGAAGCUUGGU